AUGGUGGGAGAGGUAAAAUCAGAAUGUCCUCACAUCUCCAGCAUUGUAGGCGACACAGGUCCGAAUUCCCAGAUCCAAGCUAUUGAAACAUACAAGACUGCUAUCACUUGGAACUUGGAGCGUGCACACAAGGUCACUGAAUCUGCCAAACGUCGAAAGAUCGCCGUCCCUACAUGUGGUACUUGCGAGCUGUCGCUUCCACGACCGUUCGUGUGCUUGCAUUGUUCGUUUACGGGAUGCUGGUUCGGCGGUCAUAUCACGGCGCAUCUCGCAGAAACUGGACACCUCUUAUGUGCAGACGCGAAGACUGGGGCGGUGUUUUGUUCUGCUUGCAACAACUUCGUCUAUGAUCCGAGGCUGGAUGCUAUACAUGUCUCGACUACAGUGAGUGUAGCUGAGCGACAAGCAAAAUAUCAAGUUGCCAAAAAGCUUCGAGAGCCAUACCGAUCGUGGAUACCAGAUGCAAAGGAUGCAGCCGCGUUGGCAAACGCGGAACCCAUUUCGUGUCAAGGACGACGAGGCCUUCUAAACCUCGGCCAAACAUGUUUCCUUAACGCCGUCCUUCAGUGUUUCGCGCACAAUCCCCUGCUGCGAAACUUCUUUCUGAGCGAUAAACAUAAUUGGAAGCUGUGUAAAGCAAAGAACUGUACCUGCUGUGAGAUGGACAAGUUCUUUACAGAGAUUCACUCAACAGACACGACUCCUUACGGCCCUACAAGUUUCCUGGCGACGACGUGGCGGACCUCACCUGAGCUGGCCGGUUACGCUCAGCGUGAUGCCCAUGAAUUCUUCAUUUCGGCCCUCAACCAGAUUCACUCUACUUCUCGUGGCUCAACGAAUGUCUCCUGCAACUGCAUCAUCCACUCAACUUUUGCAGGACAACUGCAGAGCGACGUGAGAUGUGAGCGGUGUGGCAACGUUACAAGUACGAUCGACCCAAUGCUUGAUAUCAGCUUGGAGUUGAAGCGUAAAGGCAACGAGACUAUUGCGGACAAUACACUGGCUGCUUGCCUCCGGAGAUAUACGCAACCAGAGAAGCUGGGACCCAAAGAAUACAGUUGCGACAAAUGCGGAAAGGCCGGCCAGGAAGCAAGCAAAAGGAUGAGCAUACGGAAGCUCCCCCCUGUCCUGAGUUUCCAGCUCAAACGGUUUGAACACAAGUCAACUGACAAGACCUCGGCCCGCAAGAUUGAUACACCCAUUAAGUUCACUGCGACGCUUAACAUGGCUCCCUACACCACAGUCACAAUGACAGAGAAGGAGAAGGAGAACCAUACCCCAUUGGUUUCUUCCGCCGGACCUGAUAUUAUGUACGAUUACGACCUGUUUGCUGUCAUCAAUCACGAAGGCCAGAUAGAUAACGGGCAUUACACGAGCUACGCUCGAUACUUGGACGAGUGGUACCGGUUCGACGAUGAUAAAGUUACCGCCUCAAGCUUAGGUGCCUGCCUAAACUCAGCCGCUUACAUGUGUUUCUACGUGAAGAGACAUCUUGAUUAUAAGCCCUUCACCAUCCCUACAUACGUUCUAUCAAGAGAAACAGAGGCCGUUAAAGAGAAACAGAUGGAAAUGGAGAAAGAAGCCGCAAGAAUGAAGGAGGUGGAAGACGCACUACUGGCGACAGUAUGA